GCGCGGCCCGGGCAGCAUGCGCGUCCGCCGGGGGCUGCUGCGGCUGCCGCGCCGCUCGCUGCUCGCCGCGCUCUUCUUCUUCUCGCUGUCGUCCUCGCUGCUCUACUUCGUCUAUGUGGCGCCCGGCAUAGUGAACACCUACCUCUUCAUGAUGCAAGCACAGGGCAUCCUAAUCCGGGACAACAUGAGGACAAUAGGUGCUCAGGUGUACGAGCAGGUGGUUCGGAGUGCCUACGCCAAAAGGAACAGCAGCGUCAAUGACUCAGAUUACCCUCUUGACUUGAACCACAGUGAAACCUUCCUACAAACCACAACCUUUCUCCCUGAAGACUUCACCUACUUCGCAAACCAUACCUGCCCUGAAAGGCUCCCUUCCAUGAAGGGCCCAAUAGAUAUAAACAUGAGUGAAAUCGGAAUGGAUGACAUUCAUGAACUCUUCUCCAAAGACCCAGCCAUCAAGCUUGGCGGUCACUGGAAGCCUUCUGACUGCCUGCCUCGCUGGAAGGUGGCGAUCCUCGUCCCCUUCCGGAACCGCCACGAGCACCUCCCUGUCCUGCUCAGACACCUGAUCCCCAUGCUUCAGCGCCAGCGCCUGCGGUUUGCGUUUUAUGUGGUGGAGCAGGUUGGCACCCAACCCUUUAACCGAGCCAUGCUUUUCAAUGUUGGGUUUCAAGAAGCCAUGAAAGACCUGGACUGGGACUGUCUGAUUUUUCAUGAUGUGGAUCAUAUACCAGAAAGUGACCGUAACUAUUACGGCUGUGGACAGAUGCCAAGGCACUUUGCAACUAAAUUGGAUAAGUAUAUGUAUCUGCUUCCUUAUGCCGAGUUCUUUGGCGGAGUGAGUGGCCUGACAGUGGAACAGUUUCGGAAAAUCAAUGGCUUUCCUAAUGCUUUCUGGGGUUGGGGUGGUGAAGAUGACGACCUGUGGAACAGAGUACAGAACGCAGGCUAUUCUGUGAGCCGGCCGGAGGGUGACACAGGGAAAUACAAGUCCAUCCCUCAUCACCAUCGAGGGGAAGUCCAGUUUCUCGGAAGGUAUGCGCUGCUGAGGAAGUCCAAGGAACGGCAAGGGGUGGACGGCCUCAACAACUUGAACUACUUUGCAAACGUCACGUACGACGCCUUGUAUAAAAACAUUACCGUCAACUUGACACCCGAGCUGGCUCAGGUGACCGAGUACUGAGAUGGGGAGAGGGUGUGUGUCCACUUUGCCCACCGCCACCCAGAAAGCAGCCUGAUGAGGGGUCGUGGGGCUCUCCCCAGGAGGAAAAUGGAAAUACAGCGUCUAAUGAAGGAUCACAGGGUUCAAGGGGCAAAUGUGAAGCAUACACGCACAAGACGCCUGGCCCGCCGGGCCCGGGCCCAGGAGUGAGCUCGGGAAUGUCCCCAUCAGGACUGGCUUUCUACUUUCACGAGACGGACGUCGUCCUGCUGCUCUGUUCCCACCGUCUCCGGCCCCAGUGUCCCAUCUCAGCCACCACCUUCAGCCCAGACCCGGGGUCUGCCGCGGUCCUGCCGCGGGGGCUUCUUGGCCUCAGGGCGAAGAGGCAGACCCACCACAGGGCAGCUGUGUUUCAGGAAAAGCAGAUGAAACUCCACGCACCAUUCGUCUACAUCUUGGUGUUCCACAUCUUUGGUUUCAUUUAAAACAAACAAAAUUACCUGCUUUGGGUGGGGAUGGAGGGUGGAGCGGGAGGGACUGGGGAAGAUACAUAGACACAUAACAAUCACUUCUUGAAGAAGUAUAAUUGUAAAUAAGCCAUGUAAAAUGCCUUUUUUAAAUUUAAUUUUAUAGCUGGCUCCAAUUCAAACUGAGGAUUUAUACAUUAGAUCACUUGCGUUUGGUUGGCAAAUUCAGGAACUCAGUUAAAACACAACAGAAGAACAUCAUCUCCACCACUGCUGUCACUUUGGAAGGGAGUGGAGUGCGGAACGUGUCUCGCAAGAAGAGAGGGGCCCGGUCUGCGUCCUUGGCACCGCCUCGCCCCUCCUCCAGCCCCUCUCCUGGAGUCUUCUUGACUCUGCUCCGGACUCCCCUCCCUCCCUGCUGGGCGCAGGCUCUGUGACCCCAGCCCUUUGCUGAAAGGAGGCUGCUGCUUUCCAGCUCGCUGCCCUCCCGCUUGAAGCAGACUCCCCGGGGGGCUCACCGCACACACCCCUGGGUCAUUGGACUUGAUUUAUUUUUUUGUCCUGUCAUCUUUAUGAAGACAGGAGCUCUUGGUUUCUUCUUUCUUUUUCUCUUUCCCCCUUAUGGAACUCGGCCACACUCUCCAAAACCUGUGCCUAAAUUACCAACUGGCUUCAUUGAUUCCUAGAAAUAGUCUUUGUUGACAUUAUCAGUUCUACAUAGAAAUAGUGAGCAAUUGAAUCAUGAAGAAUGAAGCUGGGGGCCAGCGUGCCGUGGCCGCCGGGAGCCGGGUGAGACAGAUCAGCCGGGAGGCGACCGGGCCGUGGGCCGUGGGAGCUGAGUGCUCCGCUCACGCCCCCGUGUGCUUUUUGAAGUCACAUUCUAAACGAAACUGCAUUUGAAUUUGUGCCUGUUUUUCCUUAAGACAGUUCCCUUCAUGCAGCGUCCCUCUUGGCUUCUGCCGAAUUCUGGAAAAAAAAAAAAAAAGCCAGUUUUUUUUCCUCCUCCAUAAAACAUAUUUAUAUAUUGUGAUUAGGAGGACUUUCUGAAGAGUACUUCAUAUUUUUUUUAAUUGCCUUGUUUGCCUUCGACUUUCUUAAUUUCAUGGUUUACAUGGAUGCGUGUGCAGCGGGUAUUUGUGUAUAUGUGUGUGGGUUGGGGUUUUUUCCGCUGCAUGUGUUGGUUCCGUGGACAUAUGAUCCCCACGAGCUGUGGGAGUGAUUGGCCAGGCCCUAUUUGUUGUUUCUGUUUUUGUUCUUUUGAAGAGUAGAAUGGUAUUUAGAAAACCAGUUACCUUGCAAAGCUCUUAUCAGCUCAUAUGAGAGAGCAGGCUCCUGCCCUUGAAAAUGCUGGUAAGUUGUAUCAUAGGUUUUAAAAGAAUCUUGAGCAUUUCAUGCUUUAAAGGACCUCCAUGGGGAACAGCACACACACAAGCUCAUUGGUUUCCUUGGAUGUAUGGUGCACGAAGCAAUAACCCUCCCCGCCCACCCUGCCUCAGCUGGCCCUGUCAUUGUCCUGUCCUCUCGUCACUGAAGGCUGGGGCCUGCUCUCAGCGUGACGCAACUCUCAUUGGCAAGAGUUUGCAGACCGAGUUCUGGUUACAGGUGAUAGGUUAUAGGAAAUUGCUGCUGCGUGGUCUCAUUUGAUGCUUUUUAUUAACAUUUACCACUAAGGAUGAGAUGUCGGCCAAAGGUUCAGCCGAUUCUAAGGAGAAAAUGCUGAUUUGAGGCCAAAAGCAAAGCGCUCUCUGCUGCUUGAAGAAGUAGGGUCCCAUAAAUAAGUUCAUCGUCAGCGUGAAAUGCAGUAACGUGCACUGUUUGUUACCCACCAAGCUGGGUAUCGUGUGAGAAAUAUCAACAUUAAAAACACAACCAGGCCCUUGUGCUAUUAAUAGCGUGAAAUUCUCACGUUAAAGGCAAGAAAAGGAAUAAUAAGAACCAAAUGUGACCUUGUGCGUAUUUGGGCGGCAGAAAUUCGUUGAGGCUACUGCUGGUUGACCCUUCAGGCAAUCUCGGCUUUGAUUGCUGUGUGCAGGGCCAAGUGUCUCGUUUCAGCCUAUUUCUUGGGGAAGAGAGUUAUUUGCAAAAAUACUCAUUUUGACAUUACAGGGACUCUUGUUAGAGCUCCUCUACCACAGACACGAAUAGCUGAGCCACAGCCGUACGUACUGAUGCAUCCACGAUCUCUUCGAUGAUGGCACUGAACGUAGCUAGCUUACUCCCAUCACUACGUUUGUUUUGAGCUUGGUAUUAUGUUUUAAGAGGUGCCUGGGGUACAUUUUUGCACUGAAAUCAAAAUGUUUUAAAAAACACUUUUCACAGGAAUAGUCCUUUGUCAUUACAUUAUUUCUCAUGUGUUUGUACAUUUUUGUAUGUUAAUUUAUGAAUGAUUUUUUCAGUAAAAAAUACAUACUCAAGAACCAAACCUUGGUGGUCGCCUCUGUCUGGUACAGUUUGACUU